CUCCGCGAUGAAAAACAGCUGCUCGCCGUGGUUUUCAGCAGACAAACAGGAGUAAACCGUGCGUCUGUCGGGGACUAUUUUCAGCGGUGGAUUGAUCCACGCUUGGUGCUGUAUGGAGGGCAGACAGGCGGCAUGACAGAGGAGAAAUGUCCCCAGCUGGUGGACUACUUUGUAGUGGCAGGCCUCGACCCUGCAGGGCCCUGGAGGCCCCUGGAUGAGGAUGGCAAAACCUCUUCCUCGUCUUCGUCGGGCCGGGCGGUGGAGCCGGUGACAGACCUGGCCGUGAUCGCCAAGGGGCUCGGGGAGGAGGUGCCGGAGGGCUUCACCUGUAUCGAGCGGACGCUGGGCGGACACUCGGCCGAGCUGAGCGCCGGCCUCAUCAACAACCCACACCUGUACCUGUGCUACCGGCGAGGACGGGACAAACCGCCCAUUCUGGACCUGGGGGUUCUGUAUGAGGGGAAGGAGCAGCUGAAGCAGGGCUGGUACGUCAUCGAGACCACUCCCUACAGCCGCUCGGCCAGUCUGAGCUCCGGCGGCGCCCCCGUGGCUCACCGGGUGUUCCUGAUGUAUCGGCGGGCUCUGGACUCACAGGGCCUCCACACGCUGGGCGUCACCGACAUCGCCCUGCUGCUGCCCAGCAAGGGGGAGGUGGCCCCACACACUUUCUGUCGCGUCGACAAGAACCUCAACACCGGCAUGUGGGGUCCGGCCCUGUAUGUGUGCUACAAGAGAGCAGUGGCCAAAGCCAACGCCCUGGUCUACGAAGCCAGUCUGAUCAGCCGGUACCCAGAGGAGGACCUGGAGGCGUUUCCUCUGCCGGAGUCGGUGCCGGUCUUCUGUCUGCCGAUGGGUGUCACCGUGGAGAGCUGGCCUCUGAACACCAAGUACCAGCUGCCCGUCUUCUCCACCUUUGUCCUCACAUCCGCCUCGGGGGACAAGGUUUACGGAGCAGCCAUCCAGUUCUACGAGCCCUUCUCCAGGGAGCUGCUGUCGGAGCGGCAGAGCGUAAGGCUCGGCCUGCUCAGCGUGGUCGACCGGCGGCCCAUCACCAACCGCAGCCUGCAGGUGAAGAAGAGCAUCUGCGUCCUCUCCCACUGGCCCUUCUUCAAUGUCUUCCAGAAGUUUCUCACCUUUGUCUACAGAUACUCCAUCUCCGGACCCCACGUCCUGCCGCUCGAAAAACACAUCUCCAGCUUCAUGCACAACGUCCCGUUUCCUUCCCCCCAGCGGCCUCGCAUCCUCGUUCAGCUCUCUCCGUACGACAACCUGCUGCUCUGCCAGCCGGUCUCCUCUCCUCUCCCUCUCAGUGGUGCAAGUUUCCUGAAGCUGCUGCAGAACCUCGGUCCAGAAAACGCCUGCACGCUGCUGCUCGCCGUCCUCACCGAGCACAAACUGCUGCUGCACUCGCUCCGGCCCGACGUCCUCACCUCCGUCAGCGAGGCCCUCGUCUCGAUGAGUUUCCCCCUGCGCUGGCUCUGUCCCUACAUCCCUCUGUGUCCGCUGCAGAUGGCCGAAGUGCUGCUGGCGCCGAUGCCUUUCAUCGUGGGCGUCCACUCCAGCUACUUCGACCUGUACGACCCCCCUGCAGACGUCGUGUGCGUCGACCUGGACACCAACACCAUCUUCCAGUCAGAGGAUAAGAAGCCGCUGUCAUGGCGCUCGUUACCCAGGAAGCAGGCCAAGACUCUGUUCAACACCCUCACCAACCUCCACAGGACCCUGGAGAAGAUUUGCACGCCCGGCCAGGAGGAGGCGACGCUGGAGUUCCUGCUGACGGACUACGAUCAGAUCUACAGGCGCCAGAAGCAGCUGGAGCUGGAGAUCCAGGAGGGGUUUCUGCGCUUCAUGAGCUGCCUGCUGCGAGGAUACCGGGCCUUCCUGCUGCCCAUCACACAGGCGCCGUCAGACACCACCACCGACUGCAGCUCCCUGUUCAACCUGCAGGGUUUCCUGAAGUCUCGGGAUCGAACGCAGCAGAAGUUUUACGGCCAGCUGACGAGGACUCAGAUGUUCACUCAGUUUAUUCAGGAGUGCUCCUUCGUCAGCGACCGUCACGCCUGCCUCGAGUUCUUCGACGAGUGCGUCCAGAAGGUGGACGUGGAGAAACCGGAGGAGGUGAGGCUGAUCGAUCUCGAUGAGACCCACAGUGGAGAACAUACGGUCUUCAUCAUGCCUCCCGAAGAACCGCAGGAACCUGACGGGUCAGAGUGCCCCGCCCCCUACAGCUAUGACACCUUCCCCAUCCUGAAGCCAGAGCUCUUCGACCAGCCGCAGGACCAGCUCCGCGUCCCAGCUAAAGGCAGCGCCCCCAGCAGCCCCGCCCCUCGACGCACGAAACAGGAGAUUAAGUUGGCCCAGAAGCGAGCUCAGAAGUACAGCGCGGUCCCGGACAUGUGGUCUAAGUGUCUGCUGGGUCACUGUUACGGCCUCUGGUUCAUCUACCUGCCCACCUUCGUUCGAGCGGAGAGCGCCAAGGUCCGGGCCCUGCACACGGCCUACGACGUCCUCAAACACAUGGAGAACCGCAAGGUGGUGCUGCCGGACGAGGUGUGUUACCGGAUCCUGAUGCAGUUGUGCGGUCAGUACGGUCAGCCGGUCCUCGCUGUCCGAGUCCUGCUGGAGAUGAAGAAGGCGGGAAUCACACCCAACACCAUCACCUACGGAUACUACAACAAGGCCGUGCUGGAGAGCAAGUGGCCUUCCACCAAUCAGGGUGGACGUCUCCGCUGGGCCAAGCUGAGGAACGUCCUGUUGGCCGUGGCCCAGUUCAGGCAGCCAAUCAAACGCCGUCAGAAGAGCGGCUCAGUGGGGUCGCGGGGAGACGCGAUGAUGGACCCUGAUCAGAGGCUCCGCCCCCACUCCACUCUGAUUCGUCAGUCCAGUUGGAGCGGUCUGUCUGAGAGCUCCAGCCACGAGUCUCUGACCGGCCCAUUGGUGAAGAGCAACAGUCUGAACAGCAUGAAAACGGCGACGGACAAGGUCAAACUCUGUAAGAACGCUCUUCGUAACACCAGGACCAACGGCUGCAGUGACGCCGUCUCCCGUAAACCUCCCCUGGGACUCAGAGACACCUCCGCACCGCCUGCAGCGCCCCCCGGUGGCGUUCUGGUUCGGCGGAGUCAGGUCUGCCUCUCCAACUUCUACAAAGAGUGUGCAGAGUCGGCCGACUCCGAGCCGGACUGCAGCUGUCAGCCUGCAGAGAGAGACGGCAGACCUGUGGGAGUGCGGGAUUCAGCCGGAAGAAACAAGGCUGUAGACGAGAACUACAACAACGUCUCUUCUCCGGGCCGAGGAGGUCUGGCAGGGAAGCUCCAGCAGCUCCUCACCCCGACCAAGCACCGAGCUUCGGUUCGACGAGCCGCCAGCGUGGACGACCGGCGGCCGGGAGGAGGAGGAGGAGGAGGAGCAGCUAUACGAAGAGUGUCUGAGCAGAGACAGUCCAGGAAGGCUCAAGUGGCUGAAACACUGCUGAAAGCCAAGGACCGGCUGGUCAACGCCACCUCCGAGAGUUCAUUGUCUGUAGGAAGUGACCUCGACUUGACGGACACGCCCACUCCAGCGUAUCCCCUGCGAAGGUCCUGGGACGCCAGUCAGGAGGGGGCGGGGCUGGAGGUGUUGAUGUCCAGCUGCUCUCUGUGUCGCAGCUGUAACUCGCUGGUUUAUGACGAGGAGAUCAUGGCGGGCUGGACGUCGGACGACUCCAACCUGAACUCGUCCUGCCCGUUCUGCUGCGCCUCCUUCGUCCCCUUCCUGAACGCUGAGAUCUGUGACCUGGGACCUGUGAGCAGUGCGGAGCGCAGCACCUGGAACGUGGAGGACGAGGUGGAGAGCGCCGUGAGGCCCCCCAGUGGUCAGGAGGCCUCCCUGCGGCAUCAGUGUAACGGUCUGAGUGAAGACUCCAGCUCUGAGACCAGCAGCUACUCAGAGAACAGCAGAACCACCACGGCUUCGUCAGUGGGUGGGGCUCCUCAGGUGACAGUGGCUUACCUGAGUCCUCUGGUUCUGAGGAAGGAGCUGGAGAGUCUCCUGGAGAACGAGGGUGAGGCAGUCCUGGCUCAGCCUCAGUUCCUGGACAGCCACUCCAUCAUCUUCUGGAACCUGGUCUGGUACUUCCAGCGCCUCGGCCUGCCCAGUAACCUGCUGCAGCUGGUCAGAGCGUCGCCACUGGUCAGCCAGUUCACACAGUCGGAGAACUCAGCAGUGAGGGUGAGGCUCCUCUGGGACACCCUGGCCCCCGACACAGACCAGUGGCCCCCCCUCUAUGUCCUCUGGAGGAUCCACAGUGGCGUCCCGAUGAGAACCUACAGCUGGCGGAGACACAACCACCCGUUCACCCUGUCCUUCCUGGAGGAGGUGCUGCGGUGGGUCGGCAUGAACGAGGUGCACAAAGCCGUCACGCUCUUCCUGGACACGCUGGCCAAACAGCCAGGAUCGCCCAGAAUACAGAGGAGUUUGUACAGAGAGUUCCUCUUCCUCACAAUGGCAGCUAUGGGCAAAGACCACGUCGCUGCGUUUGAUAAGAAGUACAAGGCGGCGUACUCUCGGCUCAGCAGCACUCUGGGACGUGAAGAGCUCCGGAGGAAGCGAGCUCAGCCUCCCGGCCCCAAAGCCAUCGACUGCAGGCGAAGCUUCCACCCGCCUCUCGAAUGCUGACUGACGCGGUGGCAACACACCCCACAUGCUGACGGCUCACGCAGCACCCGGGAUCCCUGCUGCCUUCACCUGCUUGUACUCUUCACCUCUCUGCUGCCUCCUGGUGGAUGUCAGAGUGUCGCACUCCUUCCUGUCCUCUGUACGUCCGUUUGCCCUCUCGGUGUGAAACCAGCCACUCUUUGUCUCCAUUAAAGAUCCUGAUAGUUGCUCCGGCAGCAGACGGAGCCGAGCUCGUCUGAAAUUCACACUUUCCCCAACAAGUGCUGAACAAACUGUGCAGCGACCGACGCAUCUGUCGGUAACGUGCAGCCGUGCAUCGUACGAAGGCGAGAUAAAGGUUAGAAGCUCGGGUUUGUGCUCGUCCAGAGGGAUCAGCUGCGUUGGGUUACUGCAGACUGGGAAACGCCUGAGGACGGAUACUGGGAGAGUUUCAACUACAGAGUUACAGGGUGUCAGAUUUACCUUCAGCAGAGUGAGCAACAAAGACUUUUAUUAAGAAAAACAUGAAAUAAGGAUUUAAAGGGCAGUGCCAACAUUUCUACAACACUCCAAACGCGACCUACAAAGAAGCGUCAGACUUCCAGAUGAUUUCAAACUCCAGGACAUUUCUUAUCGUUGCUUUGUGUGUUUGUCUGGUUAGAAGCAUGGUGGAAGUGUGGUUAGGUUUUUAAAAGGGAAUAAGGUCAGGAACCGAUGUCUAUUAUCAAGCAGUCAAAGAAAUAACCCGACAAGAAGCGGAGACCUACAAACUCCACUCACUGCUCGGUGUGAAGCCGCUGAGGGUUUGGAAACGGAUAAAAAAGCAGGUUUUAAAAAGGGAUUUAGGUCAGAAUCCUACACCUGAGGAAACCACGGAAAAAGGAGCAGAGAUUUUCACACUGCCUCAAACUUCUGAUCGUCAGCUUGUUGAGAAUCCUCUGAAGUCGCCCACCAACAUGUUGGACAGUGUCGGUGUAAUGUCCCGGCUCCUCCUUUCAGAACGACGUUGGAUGGGAGGAUGCUUUUGAUUCUCAGUGAUGACGGAGGGAGGAUUUGACUUUUUUUUUUCCACACAUGAACAGGAGGAGUCUUAAACAACCUGCGUCAUAACUUUCUCACUCAUAACAUGAAAAGGCUUGUAGCAGCUGGAGACAUUUAAACUUCUGUUCAGUGUAACAUCAUCACAACUACACAAGUCAUCUUAUUAUUGCUUUUACUGGAGAUAUUAACUGGUAAUAAUGUAAAAGAAGAAGAAGAAUGUUCAGUGAGCUUUGUUCUUACAUUGUGCAGCAGCUAUGAUGUUUUCAGCUGCUGCACAGAGACGAGGAUCAUGGGAGUUUUUUCCUCCCCUGUUCAUUUAAAAGGACGAAGGACAGUUUGAGAAAAUGAGAGAAGCUUUAGGAGGAUUUGAUGGACACUGUCCACAUCGAGACGCUUAAACACCACGUGUUGUUCUCAGCUCGGGGCGAGAGAUUUGAGAAAUCGAUCCUAAGAUCCGAAGCUGAAACUGUUCAGAUUCAAAGUAAAUGAGAAUGAGCGCAGCAGGAAGUUCACCUGUGAGGUUAGAUUAUUUUAUCAUGUAUAACUUAAGUUUUUCAGCAAAAAUAUUUUGAUGUUUUGAUGCCGUGUGAACAGAACAGACUUUUUACAUGUUUUUAAAUUUGAUUUAAUAAGGUUCACAGUCGAUGUUCAUCAGGUCGUUGAAGUGAAACCGUUGUGAUGCUGCUCAGCUUCAUUCCUGGAGUAGGAUCAGAGUUCGUGCCUGAAAGCAGUGAGUUCAUUUACCUGAACAGCGACUGACGUCGUGUCCUCGUCCCAAACCAGACGCUCAGCAGAGCAGAGAGCGACUCGCGAUGUUUGAGCGUCCUGUGGAGCGUGCUCAGUUUGUGUUCAGGCCGAUCAGACCUGAUGCAUGUUCACCUGUCUGUCUGUCUGUCUGUCUGUCUGUCUCUGUCAGGGACACGUCCAGCAUGUCAGCCAGCCCCUGCAGCUAAGCAGCAGCUCCACUAACCAUUUGCUCCAGGGCACCUCGGCAGCAGCAGGUAUCUUCAACAUUUAGGUCAAACUCAAACUGAUCUCAGAUCCACCAGUUUCUUUAAAUCGCUUUUGACUCUUUACAUUUAUGAAGUUGGUUCACGUAGCUCGCGUUUUUCGAAAAAGUCUAAAAUUAGCUUUGAGUUCUGUCUCGACACAUCGUGAGACUCGUUAAUGAAAACGAAAGGUGAAAGAAUCUGGGUGGGGCUGCAUGUUGCCCAGUGAUGUCACAGUGUGCCAGCCACACCCACAGUACUCUUCUACAUCACUGCACCGAGGUGAGAGGCUCGGCCACCAGAGGGCAGCAGAAACUAGACUGGAGGUGAGUCUUUAAAGGAACAUUUCAUCAUUUUCAAAGUUCCCAUUCGACGUCUGAGCCCAGAGUCAGAUGGGGAUUAAACCAGUUUGUCUGUGUCCUGUACAGAUGACAGAAAUCAUCCUAACAUUGAUCCACGUCUCUGUGAUUGAUCAGUUAAAAUGUUUAAGAAGGUGAAUUUAUAUCUGAUUUUAACUGAUUUCAUCUCAUCAGUAAUCUUAAUGAAAACUGUCAGUUACUGAUCUGAGCUGUUUAUCCCAUGGUACAGUGAUUUAAACCAAAACAAGCUGUUAAUGGUGAGAGAUCAGUGUGUAAAAUGAAAAGCCACAGGUUCGAUUUCCGCUGCACCAACGUGCCCUGGAGCAACAAACAAGAAAUUAAAUCUGCAUCAAAUUAAAUCUUUGUUUUAUAUGAAAAUAUUGACAGAAACUGAAAAGGUGAACGUUUACGGUUAAAAGGGAAAGUUGAAGUUUGGUGCGACAGUUUAGUUUUUGUUUUUUUUCCCUCUCAGCAUCACAGAGGAAAAACAUGGCACUGAAUCCUUUAAUGCAGCGGACUGCAGUGAAUUCAGAGUUAAAGUGUCAGGAGUUUGACUUUACUCUGUUGUUUUAUUGUUUGAAUGGUUACAGCUCAGAACAGAGGAGUGUAUUUAAAAUAGAUAAUUGUGUUUGCUGUUGUAAUUUAUAUAUGGCUGUGAUUUCAGUUGUAAAUGUUUGGAUUUUUUUUAAGAAAACACAAAAAUAAAAGACAGGGAUGAGCCCGCA